AUUGCAACAGGCACGGUUCUAGUAGAUGGCGCUUCUUAUAAGAAACGUGCGCGAAUAUCCCAAAUUCCUCGUUUUAUUUCGUGCCUCGUUCACUGAAUUUAUUUUAAAUUACCAACUCCGGAGGAUAUAGAUGCAGAAAUUUUCUCCCGAAUUUGCUAUAGCACGUGCUUUGAUAUGGCUAUAGUAAAUGGUUGCUGUUGUUGGAGAAGUUUAAGAAGUGGAAGUUUUGCCGCAGGAUUUUAUGUUUUGGUUUUAUACACAAUCAUUCUUACUGCAGGAGUUUUUCAGCAUUUUUUCAACACAAUCACAGAAAGUCCAAGUACUCUUAUAUUUACACUUGUACUGAUAUUUUUCUCCGUAUGCUGUGUGAUUUCAUCAGUUUUGCUCUUAGUUGGACUCUGCGUGGAUAGCAGAACGUUGAUGCUUCCUUGGUUAAUAUCUGUUUUUUCAGCAACACUUCUUGAUGUUUUGGGAGCAUUGUAUCUAAUAAUAGACUCAAAAUAUCAUGAAUACCUGAUUACUUUGUUCAUCUUUGAUAUCAUUAUUCUUGGGUUAAAUGUUUACAGUUUGUUAUGUGUUUUUACCCAUUAUAAGGAACUUUGUGCUGGAAGAGGCCAUCCUCAAGUUCAAAUAAACAGAUCGAUAUCAUUAGUGGAGUAUCCUAUUGAGAAUCGUACACCAUCCAAGAAAACGCCACUAGUUAAUGAUUCCGGAAUGACCAACAGCAGCACCGUUUCUGCGGCGAACUCAUCAGCUUUUGUAAUUCAAAGUGAUGCAAUAUCAGAUACAUCAAUCCAAUUUAAAAACAUUGAGGACAUAGAUUUUACUGAAGAAGUGUCAUCUAGUGGUUGCCAUAGAAACAGUCAGACAAAAUAGCAUUUCUAAGGAGCGAAGUGACAUAUGGGAAACAAAGAGGAGCUUAUAAGAGCGCAACUAUUGGUUUGAAAGUAUCGUCCGAUUGGAAGUUGGAUGGGAGAAACGUGUAGACGGAGGAACGAAUCAAAUUGAAGCAAUCAUUAUUAAUUGUCAUUGUCAACAAGGAGCUUAUAUUGUAAAUU